CUUGUUUCUUCUGGUGUCAGUAACAGGACUUCUACCAUGAACAAUUCUACUCCAGCUAAAGGUAUACAUAAAAAAUAUUUUUAUCACAAUAAUGGGAUUGAAAAGAAGACAUUUAAAGGAGACAGGUCACCACGCCCUUCACGUGUCCUUCAUCUUUGUCAAAUUCCAAGUGAUGCUACUGAAGCAGAAGUCAUUUCAUUAGGCAUCCCUUUUGGUAGAGUAACCAACUUCUUGAUGCUAAAAGGAAAAAGUCAGGCACUUUUGGAAAUGGCUUCUGAAGAAGCUGCUGUUACUAUGAUGAACUACUAUACUCCUACUACACCUCACCUCCGCAGUCAGCCUGUUUAUAUUCAGUAUUCCAAUCACAGAGAACUUAAGACUGACAAUCUACCUAACCAGUCUAGAUCCCAAGCUGCUCUGCAAGCUGUGAAUGCUAUGCAGGCUGGAAACCUGACUGUCACAAGUGCUCUUGGUGCUGAUGGUGGGCUCUGUCCAGGUUCUGUUCUUCGCAUGAUUGUUGAAAAUCUUUUCUAUCCUGUUACUUUAGAAGUGCUGUUUCAGAUUUUCUCAAAAUUUGGAUCUGUCUUGAAGAUUAUCACCUUCACUAAGAACAAUCAGUUCCAAGCUCUGCUACAGUAUGCUGAUCCAAUGAAUGCAUAUUAUGCCAAAAUGGCUUUGGAUGGCCAAAGUAUCUACACUGGCUGCUGCACUCUGCGCAUUGAUUUCUCCAGGUUAGCUAACCUUAAGGUAAGGUACAACAAUGACAAAAGCAGAGAUUUCACUCGUCAUGACCUCCCUUCUGGUGAUGGCCACCCAGCCCUGGAGCCACCCAUAGCUGCUGCCUUUGGCACCCAAAAUAUCAUCUUCCCAUCAUAUGCAGGGGCUGCUGGGUUUGCCCCAGCCAUGGGCUUUGCUCAAGGUACUGGUCUUCCGGUUCCAGCUGUGCCUGUAGCACUGGGUUCCCUUGCAGUCCCCACGUCUGCCGCGUCUGGACAGAUGACUGUUACUGGUGUUGCUGGUAUUCCAGGAAAUUCUGUUUUGCUAGUCAGCAAUCUGAACCCUGAAGUCAUCACACCACAUGGACUUUUCAUCCUAUUUGGUGUAUAUGGUGACGUGCAUCGUGUGAAGAUCAUGUUUAAGAAAAAAGAAAAUGCUCUGGUUCAGAUGGCAGAUGCAGCCCAGGCUCUAUUAGCUAUCAGCCACUUGAAUGGACAGAGGCUUUAUGGAAGGGUCCUCCAUGCUACCUUUUCAAAACAUCGCACAGUUCAGCUUCCUCGUGAGGGAGAAGAGGACCAUGGCCUGACCAAGGACUACAGCCACAGCCCUUUACAUCGUUUUAAGAAGCCUGGCUCCAAGAACUUCCGAAAUAUCUUUCCUCCAUCUGACACUCUGCAUCUGUCCAAUAUCCCGACUUCUGUUACUGUUGAUGAAAUGAAGAAGCUUUUUGCAAAUACGGGAUCUACUGUGAAAGCCUUCAGAUUCUUCCAGAAAGAUUAUAAAAUGGCUCUUAUCCGACUGGGCUCUGUGGAAGAAGCACUUCAAGCUCUCAUUGAGCUUCACAAUCAUGAUCUGGGAGAAAAGCAUCACCUCCGAAUUUCCUUCUCAAAAUCUACAAUCUGACUUUUCUGUGAAGUUUUCUUUUAAGACUGCAUCACAGUUUUAGUAAGAUCUUAAAAUAGAGACCAAAACAGCUGUGACCAGCUCUGUCUCUUAAAAGAAAAAGCUCAUUCAUACACAAAGAAUUAAGUGAUGAUCUUUUUUUAUUUUAGCUGCCUGUUUGUGAUCAAAGUUUAAUAUUCAUCCGUAGAAAGAUUAUUCUAUGAAAUAGUUUUAGCAACAAUAUUUAUCAUCAAAUGUCCUACUUAAAUGUAUAUUUUGAGAACAUCCUUUUAGCUUUUGUUCAAAAUCAGCCUUAAAAAAUAUUUCAGAGUGCUUUUACAAGACUAUUUCUAACAAAAUAGUAUAUCUAUUCUACACAGAUUAAACACUAAUUUGAAUGUGAAAUAGUGCUUGUGUUUCUUUAAGAAAAACAAGCAUUUAUGUUACCAGGGUAUGUGUUCAUACUUUGGCAGAUUUUUACAAAUAACUUUUCUUAAAAGGUCUGUACUGUUCAUAUGGCUUAAAUUAUUAAAGAAAAGGCAUUGCCUUCUCCCUGUGGAAUAAAAGAUAUCUGACAAGUUUCUGCAGGAUGUGGUAUCAGAGACUUAGCUUGACCUAACCACAGAAUGGAAGUUUGAUGUCUUAUUUUUGCUAUGAGUUGAUGUUCUGUAAUAGCACCUUGUAGAAAAUAAGACAAGAAAAUUGUCCGGGUUUCAAAGGGGUUUUUUGCAUUUCUUUAAAGAAUAAAGUGUUUACAAUCCUGUGGCAAAUACUCAGUUC